AUUCUUGAGCUCAACUGCAACCUCCACCCACUUGACGGGAUAGCUGGUAGGGCUCGGUCAGUUUUGAAAGACGAUGUAAAGUUAAAAAUUGUGAGCUCCACUUUUGGGCAGGCAUGCAAGGCUGCAAAUCUAAUAUAUGGUGUGAGUAAGAUGUGAUACAAAAAGGAAAGAGACCCUGGUGCCUUCAAACUUUUCAUACCAGCGGCUGCCAGGGAGAAUGUACAUUUAGUGGUGCAGUUGAGGUCGUUGGGUUUGUUGGGCAAGUACCUUACAGCACCCUGGAUGCGCCUUUUCUAUCAAACCAACAUAUUUGCUGAACAAACUCUGGGAUUAACUGACCACCAGUUCCGGAGAGCCCCAAAUGCUAGCAUGGGUUUCAUGGAUGUCAAGGACCCAGCAUAG